UCAGAGCAGACACCAAUGAAGGAUCCUCCCCCUUUCCUUGUCUCACUUUUCCUUUCUAUUUCUGGGUCUGAGAUAUCCCUCAUGAUGUGCCCUGCAGACUCAGUCACAAAGGAAAGCUAAGGCAACAGAGCCUUCCCCUCUCCUUCUCUGACAAGGAGAUAUCCCCACAGAGGGCAUCUUCCUCCCCUCACCCCACCCCCGAGGUAUCAUGGGGACCAACAGACAGAACAAGUGAUACAGAAAUCUGCCCCAGAAAGCAGAAGCCCCAACCAUCCACACAAAAUGUGUCCUGGCAUUGCUGAGCCUCUCUGCAUUUGGGGAAGGCACCCCUAACCUGGCCCCGGACCACUCCUUCCAGUGCAGAGGUUGCCUUUGGAAUCAUCACAGGGUGUGAUGGAGUUAAUCAGUCUCUCAUGCCACUUAAUCGGUUUUCUUGUCCCCAUUCUCUUCCUUGAGAUACCCACAUUGGCCUCAGGGAAGUUCUCAGUGAUUGGACCUACCGGACCCAUCCAGGCCUCAGUGGGAGAAGUUGCAGAGUUGCCAUGUUACCUCUCCCCAGCACAAAGUGCAGAGCACAUGGAGGUGGUCUGGUUCCAAUCCACUCGGGUGGUACAUCUCUAUCAAGAUGGGGAAGAUCAAUUUGGAAACCAGGACCCUAAUUACCAAGGGAGGACAGAGCUAGUGAGAGAUUCUAUCUCUAGUGGGAAUGUCACUCUGAAGAUAUGGGACGUGAGACUCUUGGAUGAAGGAAGAUACAUAUGUCAUUUCGAAAAUGGUUUUGAUCAAGAGGAAGCUGAUGUAAUGCUAAAAGUCUCAGGUGAAGAAGUUAAGCCAGUGUUGGUUUUCUGGAUGGUCCUCUUCAUUGCAUACAUAGCUGCCUUCUGGGUGCUGACAUUUGGCUUUUUCAUGUGGUUCAUCCUGCGAUACCAAGAAUGUCUUACACGGACCAGUCCCUGGCUGUGGGAAAUAAAUGGUAUCCUGGUUGUGUCUUGGGCAUUUGAAAUUGAAAUUGCCAUGUAUUUCCUGUGGAUCCUGCUACGAUGCCAAGGGUAUUCUCACAAGGAAGAGUCUGACAAGCUAGACUGGAUGGACUGGGUGACCUUUCUGAUCUCACUUUUCCUGCCCUGGAGAAUGACCACAACACUUUUUACCCUGUUCAAAGGACUGUGCUGCUGCCAAAAUCAAAGGUUGCUGCUGGGAUCUGAGAGAAGACCCAGGCCUAGUCCCCAAAGCUCUGUGGAUCCAAUGGCUGGUUGUGGGAUCACACAGGUGGCCUUGGAAGAUGGUCUCUGACCCUGAAGAGACUGGAAAACCCUUCCCUAUGUGCUUUCCUGGUGCCAUGGUAGCCAGUUAACAAAACAAUUCGGAGGUACCACCACACCUAUC